AUGAAUGCCGCUUCCCCCCCAUGGCGGGCAUCCGCUGCGCCACAGUACUCGUCGCCUGCGACUCCCGCCUACAUUCCCGUUCAAGCCCGCCGCAGCCUAGCCUCGCAGUCGCAAGCUACCGCGGAGACAAACGCUACAGACCCUUCGAUGAAACCGGCCGCCACACAGAGUGGUAAACGAGUUGAAUGGCCACCUGGAGUCCGGCAAUAUGUACAACGAAGCUUUGUGCCAGAAUACCAAAUUCAGGGUAUCACGCGCGAAGAUAUGGAGAAAAAGUUGAAGCAAAUCAUCACAGAUGCAGCGGAAAGCAAUAAUUUACACAAUGUUGAUUGGGCCGCUCUCCCGUUACCUCAGGAAAUGAUCCGAGAUGAGCGAAAUAGAGCUUUACCGUAUCCGACACGGCAACAAUCAGUGGUGUUUGACAAAUCUGCUACCACCCUUGCGGAGAGGCCCUUGAAAGAUAAACACUCCCCAAAGAGAAGAUCAGCAGAGAUAAGCACGGCAACAGAGGAUAGCGUGGAAAGUAUUCCACCAUGGAGAAGAAAAGCUAACUCCCGCACUGAGCUUGAAGAUCGCAUUAGUUUCACUUCACCUACUGACAAACGAAGACGGAUAGAUAUUAAUGAUUAUAGUAACGUUAACAGCAAAAUCUCAAGUAAGUUCAACAGUGUUCUGGAAAGUCGAAAAAGACGUUUUGAGGACACAAAUUCUGGCUACCAAUCAACACCAAAUACCCGGUCGGUGUCGCCGCCGAGGAAUAUAGAUGAAGGACCGAUCAUUGGGCGAUGUCAGAACUUGGAGAAAAAUUAUUUCCGUCUUACUGCGCCCCCGAACCCAGACACUGUGCGCCCGAUGCCUGUUUUGAAGAAGACACUGGACAUGUUGAAGAAAAAGUGGAAGGCAGAGAACAAUUACAAUUAUGUUUGUGAUCAGUUCAAAUCCAUGCGGCAAGAUUUGACGGUUCAGCACAUCAAGAAUGAAUUCACUGUCAGUGUGUACGAAAUCCACGCACGAAUUGCACUGGAAAAAGGAGAUCUUGGUGAGUAUAAUCAAUGCCAGACCCAAUUGCUGGCAUUGUACGCAAUGAAUCUCGGAGGACAUCCAAUGGAAUUCAAGGCGUAUCGUAUUCUUUAUUUCAUUUAUACCCGCAACCGAACUGCCAUCAACAACGCGCUGGCGGAUCUAACCCCGGCUGAAGCGGCAGACCCUGCUGUGAGGCAUGCCUUGGAUGUACGUUCCUCACUUGCGCUUGGUAACUAUCAUCGAUAUUUCCAACUUUACCUGGACACACCGAACAUGGGAGCAUAUCUUAUGGAUAUGUUUGUGGAUCGGGAGCGUCUCAAUGCUCUUGCCUGUAUAUGUAAAGCGUACAAACCUGAUGUCAAUAUAAGAUUCAUCACAGAGGAACUUGGGUUUGAGUCUGAUGAACAGGCUGCUCGGUUUAUUUUGGAUCAUGUGCCGGACGAGCUGCUUCAGGAAAAACCGGAUGGCGUUAAACUGGUCACUGCAAAGGCCCAACCGUUCUUUGAGGCAGCUAGAAGCGAAGCCCACAGGAUCGUCGAUAUCAAGGGACAAAUCUAA